AUGUCAGCCAAAGUCUUUCACAUUCCACUCAUUCUUGUUACUCCAUCCUUCAAUCUCCACUCAAUUGUCCAGCGAACCCCCAAGCCAAACGAUGAUGCCUCCAAAGAUCAUCCCGAAGCCAAAAUCUACAAUUCCGCAGAUGCGAUGUUUGCAGAUUCGGCAAUUGAUAUCAUUGUCAUAACCACAACUCCUGAGACACAUUACCCCUUCACAAAAGCCGCCUUACAAGCGAAUAAACAUGUUUUGGUUGAGAAACCAUUCGUGCCUACAUCUGCAGAAGCUUCGGAGCUUAUUUCUAUAUCCAAAGAGACUGGAAAAUUCAUUUGCGUAUAUCAGAACAGAAGAUGGGAUUCGGAUUUUUUGACUGUUAAGGCUUUGAUUGGUAGUGGCUCAUUGGGAAGGGUAGUUGAAUUUGAGACACAUUUUGAUAGAUAUAAGGGCGAGAAACCUGCGACCUGGAAGGGUACAUUAACCAUGGAGGAUGCUGGCGGUGUUGUGUAUGAUCUUGGAACACAUUUGAUCGAUCAAGCAUUUUGCUUAUUUGGCCUACCAAAGACAGUAACUGCAAUUUUUGCAAAUCAAAGAGCUGAUGGCUCGGCAGAACCAGAUAGUAUGACUAUUAUGCUGGGUUAUGGCGCGGAUGGACCAUUAGUAACCGCAAAGGCUGGGGUUAUGUGUGUGGAAGAAGAGCAAUUACGAUACUGGGUCCGAGGAUCACAAGGCAGCUUUAAGAAGUACCAUCUCGAUGUUCAAGAAGACCAACUGAAGGCCGGUCUUAAACCCGGUGAUGCUGGCUUCGGUGUUGAACCGGAAGAUAGAUCCGGGAGAUUGGUAGUAUUCGAGAAUGGCAAACCCAAGGGCAGCACAGUCAAGAACGUGGCUCCGCAGACUUAUGCCACUCUCUACCAAGACUUCGCCGAUGCUGUAGCUAGUGGCAGCGAAGAUGCUGUUCCAGUGAAGGCAAGUGAGGCUAGAGAUGUUUUGAAAAUUAUUGAGGCGGCUAGGGAAAGUGCUAAGAGUGGAAAGACCAUUUCGCUGUAA